AUGGAUUAUACUGUGUUUUCUCAAGAAGAACGUGAUGCUGAAACUAGCGUUCGAGUAGAAUUUCAAAAUCUUAACAACAAUGAAGUCUAUGAACAUGUAUUUCGCAAUCGUAUGUUGGCUCUUAAACGUGGUGUGAUAACUCCAAGGUCACCAUCAGAUUUUUUGGGAGUAGAUAGUCGAGAACUUGUCUACCCUUCAUUGUGUGAAACUUUUCGUUCAACGGUUAAUAAUUCUACAUCAAAUGAAUUUCAUAUUUUGGAUGUUGGAGCUGGAUCUGGAGAAGCUAUCGAUUGGUUUUUUGCAGAUGAAUUAAAUAAUUCAUCAAAUCGUAAAAAUUUUAUUCAUAUUAUUGAACCAAAUCCUAUCUUGAUAAAAGCCUAUCAACAAAAAUUUUUAGAAUAUAAACAUCUUAGUCAAGGAAUUAUUUAUAAAGGUUUAAUUCAAGAUUAUCUCUUCAACAACGGUCAAAAAGAUUUACCAAAACCUCCAGUUCUUGUUGACUUCAUUAAUUGUUCGCAUAUGAUUUACUAUUUAACUGAUUAUAGGAAAUCCGAGAUUGAUCCGUAUCAAGAUGUUAUUAAAUUUAUUACAUUUUUAUAUGGAUUAUUAAAGCCUGGAGGUGCAAUAUAUAUUGUAUUUCAUUUGGAAUUUUUAUUUUUACCAUUAAUUUACAAAUAUUAUGAAGAAUUAGUUGGAGAUUUCGAAAUUCUCAAACGAAUUUCUUUAAUCGUCAAAGCAAGAAAAGAGCUUUUAUAUGAAGGAAAAAUUUUGGAAGAAUUGAAGUUGCAAUAUAAAGAAUAUAAUGAAAAGACUAAUAGUAAACCAACUUUAAAGUCAUAUUGUUUAGAGAGUGCUUUUUAUGCACGUACUUUGGCUGAUAUGUCGGUUUUGGCGAUGACAGAAUUAUUGCAAGUAGGUGAUGAAAAAUUUGAUGAAAGAGCAUUAGAUUUUAUGAUUACACAAGUGAAGUCAGUAGCCCUUACACCAGAUGAAGAAAAACCAUUUAAAUUAACUAAAUGUAUUCGUGAGGAUGAAAAUGUUUGGUGUGCCAAAAAUCUUUUGAUUGUUUGUGUAAUUCAGAAAGAACAAGAAUAA